AGGACCUUUGGUCGUUCAGGCAAGAGAUCUAAAGAACUGCGCAGGGUGGAUUUUGUUUACUCUUUAGAACGCGAUUACCUGAAAACUAUAGUCCAGAUUGAGACAGCAAAAGGAAAGAGGGCAAUGGCGAUUCACUCUGGUCUCCGGCUGAGAAAACUGCCUCGAUGUGUCCACAUAAUUUUCCAGGACUCAAGCUCCGUUGGAAGACUUUACUUUUUCUUUAGCCUCUGGGCGUGUCUCAGCUCUGUUCCUGGGCCGGCGGAAGCCUUGAAAGUAAGGAUGCCAGCUCGGAAGACAGCAAUCUUGGGUACAAAUGUGACACUUCAAUGUAAAAUCUCUGGCUACCCUCCUCCAGAACUGAAUAUCAAAAAAACAAUCUUCAUCUGGUAUUUGGACAAAUCUGAAGGGAAUAAAGUAGAAGAACUUUAUUCAGUUGUUGCUGGAGAACAUUCUUCAAAUAGAAAUGGUUCAAGACUGGAUACAAUUCAAUUAAAAAAUGGAAAUGCUGACCUUUUCCUUCCACAAAUACAGCUUAAUGAAGAGGGCAAAUAUAUAUGCGUUGUGAUUCUUACUUCUAAUAGAGUUGAAGGAGCCACCAUUCUAAAUCUAGUUGUUCAACCAUCCGUCCAACUGUCUCCCAAGGAACUUGAAAUUGAAAACGGAAAUGAAAAGACCUUGACAUGUACAGUGAAUAAAUUCUAUCCUGGUGCAAUUGUCAUUCUUUGGCAAAAGCAUUCUAAGCACACGUCAGAUAAAAGUGUACUUGCAGAGGAUAUUUGCAUGGGAACUUCUGUGAGAAAUGGUGAUGGCACUUACAACACCACCAGUAAACUGAGGCUUCAACCAUCUUCACAAGAUCAAGGAAACAUCUAUAGUUGUAUUGUGCAGCAUGAGUCAUUUGCCAGCUAUCCAAUCUACAGUAUAACUUUAACAGUCACAGAUCCUAACUUGACUACUGAGUUAAUAAUUAGUCUGGUUUUAGGUUUUCUUCUGAUUUUUUUCCUUGGAUUGCUUCUGUACUUUGUGUUUUUAAAGAAAUAUCCACCAUCCGUGAAAAUGGUUGGACGUAAGGAACUGAAGCAUUUGGAAGAAACACAGUUAAAAUGCUUGAUCACAGACUUUCGACCCAAGCUUUUGCAGGUAGACCUCUUCUUAAUAAUUGAAUCCCAGAAUAAAAAACAGAAAAUAGCCUCUUGGCAUACAACAUCAUUUGAAGAAUCUGUGGAAGAUGAUGAAAAUUUUCCUCUUCUUGAAAACUUAAAGGACAUUUUUAAAGUUUAUGCAAAGUUGAAAUCAAAACCAAACAACCAUUAUGAUUUCCAGUGGAAAAUCUGCAUAAAUCCAGAUAUACGGAAGCUGAAGAAAUUUGAACUUUUAUUAGAAGUUAAACAUAAGGGCUUUCGGCAUGGAUUUUGUUCUAAAAGGAAAUCAUUUAAAGUCAUAGCUUUACCAGAGCUUCAUGAAGUUCGUUGUUCCACAGAUGUGCCAAGAUCAAAUGAACCGCUCACUCUUAGUUGCAAAAUUCAUUCUUAUUUUCCGGAAACCCUUGAAGUCUGUUGGAAUAAUGAUGAUGGAAUUCUAGACAGUUCCUUUUCAACCCCACCCACAAAAGGUGCUGAUGGGCUUUACUUUUGCAUCAGCAAGAUCCACUAUAACCCCCAAGUGGAAGAUUCUGGGAAGAAAUUUGUCUGCAGAGUUAAGCUUGAAGGAUCACAAGCUUACAAAGAAUCUGCAUGGCAGAUGGGCAUUUUGGUUCAGGCCCCCAGAGUUCACAAAAUUAAAUGUAAGCCCCCUGUACCUGAGUGUGGGAAACGCAUCACAUUGAGUUGCUUAUUGACAGAAUAUCAUCCGCCUGACUGUGACAUUUAUUGGAGAAAGGGCUUUGAAGAGCUUAUGGAUGCUACAGUUAAAACAGAGGAAUCGCAGUUGGACAGAAUGUCAAAGCUAUACUCCAGGACAAGUGAAAUAACCUUUACACCCAGCGCAGAAGACCAUGAAGUAGAAAUCGUUGUUGAAAUAAAUCAUUUCAAGAAAAUUGUACGGAAGGGAUAUACAGUCAUGCUGAAAGAUUUUCCCAAACUUUCAAAUAUUGUUAUUGAACCAAGUGAUGCAGAUUAUGGAGAACGUAUAAAUUUAACUUGUGAUGUCACAGAUUUCAAUCCGAAAAAAAUUGGUACUCAGUGGCUCCUGAGAGAUAAUUCAAAAAUGAAUGGUGCAGUCACCGAGGAUUUAGACAUGGCCUGUAAUGGUUGUUACAAAUUAACUUCCACGUUUGAACUAAUAGCUACCGCUUCAGUUUGUGAUAAGCCCAUUCGUUUCAGGGUGAACCAUGAAAAAUUGGCAAAACCUAUUACAAGAGAAGUGUAUCUAAACCUUCCAGUAAAACGGCCUGUUUUGUCUGAAAUAAAGGUGACCCCAGAUCAUCAGAAAAUCCUCCUUGAAAUUUCUAUAUCACAAUUUGCACCUCAAGAUAUACAAGUCAGAUGGUACCACGACUGGAGACAAAUAUCUGAAACUAUCAAUCCCAAGAAUAUUGAGAUUGGAAAAGAUCAUUUAUGUUAUUUUGUUAAUAAAAUACACUUCGAUCGAAAAGCAUUGUGCUUUGGGAAGACAAUACGAUGUGAAGUUAAACAUCCAACAUCUACUGAGGAAAAAACCUUAACACUGAAUACAAUAGAUUUCUCUGAUCUUGAGGAAACCCAACAUCAUCACCAUGAGUCGUAACCGUUAUGAACUUCUUCAAAAGAUCUGUCCAGCCACCUUGAUCAGAAUAAUCCAAUCUUCCCUGGAGAAGGAAGAACCUACAAACCUCUACAAGGCCAUUGUGAAGACUAUUCAAGCCAUCUGUUGGAUAACAUUAUUUGAAUUCACUCUGAGUUAAACUUCAGCUGUGCAAGAUCCUUGGACUGAGCUAAUGUAGUUAAGUGAGAAGAGUUUGAACCUGUUGGAUCUAAGGCAGCAUUGGCGAGCCUAUGGCACGCGUGCCGGAAGCGGCACACGAAACCAUCCCAAGACAAAUGUGUGCCCUCACCGGCUCCUCGUCGCGUUCCUGUGGUCAAAUGCACGCUGGUCAGCGAGCUGUCGUGUGCAUGCGGUGCCGGCGGACCGCGCAUGUGCAAAGGGGCACGCGUGCCAGAGGUUUGCCAUCAUGCAUGCGCAAGGUGGCAUACAUUCUGGAGGUUCGUCAGCACGCAUGCGCGAUGGACCGCCGCACUUCCGGGGUCACCAGCACCGCAUGCACAACAGCCAGCUGGCUGGCGUGCGUUUGACUACAGGAACACAAUGAGAGCCAGCAAGGGUGUGCAUUUGUCUCAGGACAGUUUUGCAUGUCACUUCCGGCAUGUGGGCAGCACGCGAGAACAUGAAAGUUUCGCCAACGCUGAUCUAAGGGAACGGAUAAGAUCUUCAGUGUUGUGAGUUUAGCCAACUGUAUAUUAGACCCAUGCUUACCUGGUUGGAUAACAUCUUCCAGAAGGGGAUAUAUAAUCAAUCCAAGCAACAAUAAAUGCUUUUAUUAUUUUAAAAAUAAUAGAAGUUUUAAAGAGGUGGUAGUCCAUCCCCUCAGGAAAACUCUGCUGGAUGCAGCAGUAUUGGACAAUCAUAAUUUACAUUCCAUUUACUCUUAAUCCCAGUUUGAUGGGUGUGGAUUGGGCUGCUAUCAACACAUUUACUAUAAAUGGAAGCUAAAAUAAAACAUAACUCACCCAUUUUUUAUGCCCUCUGUUUUACUAGAAUACAAAUAACAUUAAAUUUGUAUUGUAGUAAAACUAGACAUUUUAUUGAAAUAGUUCCUUUUAAGUUUUUGAAUUUUUUUUUGAAUUUUUUUUUUAGACAAACAAACAUAACUUCCGGCAGUGAUGUCAUUGUGGAGCAGGAUGAGGGAAGGGAUCUCUGUCCCUAAACCCUGAAAAAUCUUCAUUAAGAGCCCACUUUUAGGGCAUUACCGAUCUUGGAGAGAUCGAUAAACUAAAGAGGAAGCUCCGUAGGCACUGGGGGUGGAAAGCAACCACCCAAGUAGUCAGGAGCAGCACUCUUCAACUGGCAGAGAGGAAGUUGAUCUUUAUGGCCGGCCUGGAGCGAUGACUGCUGCAUAAGUGGGAAGCAAAGAGUGAAAAGCAACAGCAGCGCUCGACAGAGGAAAAACCCCAGAAGAAGAUGAGAUGCGUGUGAUAAAGAGAAGGCGCGGAAGAGAAAAGACAAAGAGAGAGUGACACAGCAUGUCUGGGAAGGCGGCUAAAAUGGAGUUAACUGCAGAUUGGAGAGAUAAAAUACACUGAGAACAGCGCACAACAGUUUGGGGCCCAAAUUGAAAUCCACAAAUUGCAAUGAUUGGUGAGUGAGAGACUUAAAGAAAAAUGAGCUGAGAUAAUAAAAGGAGAUGAAGAGAAUUCGAAAACAUAAAUAAGGACUGAUUAGAACUAAAGAUUUAAAUUUGAAGCGGAAAAUAGAGACUAAAAAUACUGGCUAAUGAAAUAUAAUUUGGCAAGACGAAGGAUUUGUGAAAAUUGAACUUGGAUGGACAAACACUUGUGUAAAACAGAAUAGUGGAUUGAUUGGACUUAUAGAAAAGGAGGAAAAAACAAAAAGAGGAGAAGAAGCAGAAGAAGAAAUAAGAGGAGCCGUCUGGUAGAAGUAUGGAUCUAUUAAAAGCUGAGUUUGAAGAGGAAAUUAGGAAUAAGACUAAUGUAAUAUUGCAACACAUAGGAUUUUUUUUUAAAAAGGUACAGAUGAUAAACCAAACGGAACUGAAUGAAUUAUCGAACUGAAUUAAGUUGAUUAUUGGAUCAACUGAAAUAAUAUUGGAUUUAUAUUGACAACUCUAUAUAUUUACAUCUAAGUUUAGUAAAGAAAUAUAGUUAAAGGUAAUUUAAGAAAUUAACAGGAGUAUAAAAAAUAGAGAACUGUAUAAAUAUAUGUAUUACACAGGGUGAUUAAGAAUUAUAAAAAAAUAUAUAACAUACAUAAGAUAGUGUUAAGAAUAAUACACAGUAUAUUAGACAAGUGUGGGAGAAGAAAGGGGACAAUUGUAUAAAGAACAAUAGAGAUACAAAGAUUGUAAAACAUAAGAAAUAUUUCGGUAUUUAAAUAUAGAAUAUUCUGUGUGAAAAAUAUUUUAAAAAGAGAAUAUCUAGAUAUACUUUCUCAUAUGUGAAGGUGGGAGAAUUUUGCCCAAAAGAUAAACAUGAUAACUACAGCAACUAUCACUAAAGUAGGUAAAAAAAUACUGAUAAUCCCUUCACCUAUUACAGCUUCACCCAUAAGUCAAAAAUCGACAAUGACCGCACUUGGCAAAAAUAAAUCAGAUCCGGCAAUGAACCUGCAAAACAUGCAAAUAAUGUUACAAACAAUACAGGAAAUAAUGAAUAAAACUCAAGAAGCAAUAACCAACAACCACGAAGAAACAAAAACGCUACACAAAGAAUUAAAGACUGAAAUUGGUGAAAUGAAGGAGGAAAUUAAAAACAUGAAAGAUAAAAUUGGUGAUAUUCAACAAGUAAUGCUAGAAAAUGAACAAAGAAUUCAAAGAAUUCUAAAAUAGAGCAAGUUGAUAAUAAAAUAGAAAAGAUGGAGCAGAAAGCCCUACAAUUAAAUAAUGAGUGAGUCAAUUACGCAUCUGGAAAUGGAAAAAGCUUCGUUAUUUUUAAGAUUUCAAAACCUUCCAGAAGAAAGGGAUGAAGACUUGGGAGAGAAAAUGGCAGAGAUAUUAGCAGAAGCCUUAGGAAAAGACAAACUGGAAACAAGAAGAGAAUUGGAUGAAGCAUAUACACAAAAUACACAAGAAGACAUAGAAAGGCAAGAGAGGUACAUAUAAGGUUUAUUAAAAGAGCAACGAGAGAUGAAAUAUACAAACAAACAAGAGAGGAACCUAUAAUAUACAAAGAUAAAGAAAUUGCAGUAUUAAAACAAAUACCACUCAGAAUAAGGGACCAGAGACAACAAUACCAAUUUCUCACAAUUAAUGAGAUACAAGGUCAGGUUUAGAUGGCAUACUCAUAACAUGGCAGGCAAAAAAAUAUAAAGUAGACACAAUUGAAAAAGCACAGGAUUUCUUUGAACAACACUUUGCACAGGAAGAAGAACAGGAAAGUAAGGAGGAAUUUGAGAGCAGAAGUCAAGACGAAGAGAUACUAGUGGAAAUAGAACAAGAAAGAGAAACACAAAAGAGACAAGAAAAAGUGAAUAGAAAGAGAAGGAGAAGGAGGAAGGCUGUAAGACAGACAAGAAGGACAAAAAAGUCAGAACAAGUAAAAAAAGGGAGAGGCAAUUAAGGUGUUUUUAGUAAACAUUAAUGGUUUAAACAUACCAAGAAAGGGAGCUCAAACCUUCAACAAAUUUAAAAAAAUAGAAGCAGAUGUGAUAUGUUUACAGGAGGUCCACAUCAAAAAGGAUUAUAGAAAAUUGCUAGAAAAUGUAAAAUUAGGGAAUUGGUUAGAGACUAGAAAUACUAGAUGAUGAAAAAGGGUGAAAAGCUUAUAUAUACAUGUAUAUAAAAUGGCAAAUGUAUGAAAGAAAAUGAAUACUCAGAAGGAUAGAUAAAGAUAAAAAGAAAUAAGAGAGAAUGGGACAAAAAAGAAAGGUUUAAUUAAACGAAAGGAGAGGGGGAAUAAGGAUGUAAAUAUGAGAAGAAUAAGGAAACAAAGCUGAUGUAAAGGAACAUAGGUUUUAUGUCAAUGUAUGUUACGUAUUGUUAUUCUUUUUUGUCAUAUGUUUUAUGUCAAUGUAUGUUAUGUAUUGUUCUUUUUUGUUAAAAAAUAAAAUAUAUAUGAAAAAAACAUAAAAACAUCUUUGUAUUGAAUCUUGUAUUGAAGAAGUUUUUUAAAUUUUUAAUUGGCUAUUAUGCUUUUUUGAUACGUACCUUUUUUCAAACCAUUUGAAGAUAUUAAUAUGUUUUGUGUUCAGAAUGCUAUCCUUUUAAAAAUUCAGAAAAAAUAGAAAAAGAAUUGUAUUUUAAAUAAAAAAUUAAAACAUUAAAUUUAUAAUUUAUAAAAAUUGCCACUUUUGUCCUCCAUUAUUAUUUUAAUGGGUGGUUUUAUACUUGUUUUAAUUACAGUUUAUUUAAUUACAAUUGUAAACUCCUGUAAUACAGAGCAAGAUUUUAAAUAGGAAAUAGCAGUCAAAUAUUUAAACAGAUAAAAAUAGUUCAGUCUUCAUUAUUAUAUCUUUGACAAAUCUAAGAUGACUGUCUCAUGAUAAAAUUGAAUUUAUUAUAGAAGUUAAGGAAAAGGUUUUAAAAUUCAUCUUUCAGCCAAAUGAUUGGGGCUUAGACUUAGUGGUGAAAUGUAAAAUUUGUUACUACUGGUUCUGUGAGUGUGGCUUGAGGGUGGGGGUAAUGUGACUGAGUAGGCGUGGCCAACUUUUUUUUUAAAAAAACUUUUAAAAGCAUUUUUUCUAACAACCUCCAAAGAGGUUGUUAAAAAAUGCUUUUAAAAGGCUCUGAUGAUCCCAGCUGAACUGCACAAUCAUCAGAGGCUUUUUUUUACUUUUAAAAGCAUUUUUUUCAACCGAAGAAACAAUGCUUUUAAAAGUUAAAAAAAAACACCUCUGAUGAUCGCGCGGCUCAGCUGGGCAUGAGGGGGAGGGCUGUAAUUUUUGCUAACGGUUCUCCAAACCACCCACCGCCAUCACUACAGGAUCGGGUGAUCCAGUCCAAACCGGGAGCAUUUCGCCCCUGCUUAGAUUUCUCUGCUUUAUUUAUCUAAUCCUACCUCAUCACAUUUCUGGAUAUACUAAUUUCAUUUCAUAAUAUAUAAUUUAUCAAGGGGCAUAUUAUUAGUGUAUAAUAAUAAAUAAUCAAAAGAGAAGUAUAUUUUUAAAAAGUUAAUCCAUUGUAAUAGCUCCACGCUGUUUUUAUCAGAAGUUAUUUCAAAGUAAGAGUGCAAAAUAAUAACACCCCCCCAUUGAAAACUAAGUUCUCAGCAGGACCUCUUUCCAUCUCUAUUAGUUCCAUAUUUCAGGGACAGCCCACAAAAAAAUCCUGAAGAAAG